AUGGCGGUUCCACUGACAGAGUCCAAGGCCGUGUUCUUGGAAAGAUGUGAGACGGCCGGAUUGCCAAAGCCGAUUCGGGACAUCUUGGUUGGCAAGAAUCUCAGUACCUUGGCAGGUCUCGCAUUCGCAGCGGGGCAGCCGGGGGAAACACCGAGUGAUGCAGUGCUUACCGGCCUGGCGAGAUCCGGCACAGAGGAAGUUCCAAUAGCGACCCUAGCCUCCUUGAGGCGGUUGGUGUUUGAAGCGCAGCUCCUCAUGACCGCGCAGGUGAAGAUGCUGAUCGAGCAUCGUGCCGAUGACCAAAAGGCGGAAUUAGCACCCGCAGAAAGAUCGGAGCGAAUCCAGAAGCAGAGCGAGCGCCUGGCCGGUGUUGCACUCCGCAACGAGUCAGAAUGCUCCUAUGGGUCAUAUGAUUUGGUCAUGAAGAUGGUCCAGGAGAACUGUGUCUCCUACUUGUCUCCAGCUAGGUUUCCGUCUCGGCAGGCCGAACUUCGUCUGGAGAAACCUCGAAAGGAGCUUGAUGUGGUCAACUCAAAAAUCACUUUGAAGGACCAGGCAGUCGAUCUUCAAUGCCAGCUUCACACGCCGCUGUGCCUGCAUCAUGCUCUUCAUCGACGGGCACUUGCAAUGGAUCUCGUUGGGGUAGCCAGCUACAGUGUGAGCAUGGAAUUUCACGAGUACUUGAUGUCACACCUUACCAUGGAGCCACCGCCUGGCUAUCAUCAAGUCACACUGCAUCAGGUUCUAGCAGCUGACCGAGCCGCUUGGUUGCGACUCGCGGAGAAACUUCCUAAAGGGCUUCGUGCUGGUCCCGAUGGGAAACUCCCGCUGGAUAUCGAGCUCCCGAAAUUGCAGGGCGACCCGAAAGUGGCUUUUCAUCUCUUACCUCUGGGACCUUCUGCUUCAUCAUCCGGGAAGCGUUCGAUGGAUGGCGAUCAGGGCCAGAACAACGAUUCGAAGAUCCAGAGGACUGGAGGCAAGGGUAAAGGGAAGGGUAAAACCAAAACCAAAGCCUUUCCUAAGUCUAUGCCUGUGUCCCUCAAAGACAAGUGGUCGCGAACCAAACGCGGUGUUCCGAUAUGCUGGGCCUUCAACACGGAAGAGGGCUGUUACCAGUGGGUGAACUUUUCAGAACGCAGGCUGGGGCUUAAUGAUAGUAUUGGUGUUGACAAGAAUGUCGGCCGAUGCUUGAUCGCACCGGUGUUGCGUCUCGACCUUGGUGACGAGCAGGCGCGCGAGCUUGUCGUGCAAAUGCUAGAAAAUCCCAAUUGUGCCUACGUUCAUGUUUCUCCCCCUGCCUUGAACCAGAAACAUCGCAGUUUGAAGCACCGUGAUGGUGCCGAUGCUUCGUGCUAUUCAGCCUCGUGUAACUUGUUGUACGAGUUCUGCGGGAAGCUCUUUAGCAUGUGCUGGUCCAAAGGCAUUCUCUUUUCUUGCGAAAACCCUGGACAGUCAGAGCUGUGGCGAACGCCACAGUGGUGCAAGCAUACGUUGUGUUUGAAUUCCAUUGAUACUGUUUUUCACAUGUGCAUGUGGGGAUCUCUCAGCCCUCGUUUCACACGCAUUGUUCAUUCUGUGCCUUCGCUAACGCAGCUGGGUGUUCGUUGUUGCGGUGUAAGCUCCAGCCACACGCAUGAGUCCCGAAACGCGCUCCAUGACUCCACAUUCCCCCUAGAUCUCAGUCGUGCGUGGGCAAAUGCAAUUGUGGAGCAACUUGUUGCUUUGGGCGCCCUGCCUCGUGCGCGCUCCUUGGAUGAGUCUCGAGCUCCCCUACACCGUGAAGCCCAGGUGGCAGCGGCUUCACAGCCAACACGCAAGAAGGUGCCUCCUCUUGUUAGUGAAUUUCGCUGCGUGGCGACAAUUGACACGCCCAAGCCUUUUCUUGACACAGCUUCCAAGAAACUUGAGGGGCCAAUUCCCAUCCCUGCGGGUGCCAAGUGUGAUACUACGUUGACUGUGCUACCGGCAGGCUCUCGCGUCAUUCGCAGGCAGUUGCUGGGGGUGAGUUCGCCUGCUUUGAAGCUCGAUGUAGGGUCGGAAACUAGCAAUCCCACUAGCGGCCGUGUUGCUUCUUUUCCUGAAGUAAGCAAGCCCAAGCCUGAUCGAGUGCAAGUGUGUUCUGAAGCCACUCAUCCCGCAGAGGCUUUUGCUGCAUCGUGCCUAAAGCUGGGGUAUAUCGACCCGGGAAAAAUUUCCGAGUUCACUCAACUUCUUGAGUCGGAGCUUCCGGCCAGGGGGGAUGGAGGUCAGCACGAAUUUUCCUUCACGGUGGGAUCCUUUGUUCAUGGCGGUAUUUAUGGGCUUAGAACUUCUUCGGUUAACUUUCCGCUGACAACUCAGGUCCUUGCAAGGUUCAUGCGCCAGCAGUGCCCAGACGCUGUUUUCACGAGCCUGGCUUUGAUGAGGGAUGUGCAAACAACAUUACACAUCGACACGAACAAUUCAUUACCCUACCUGAACACUGUGGCGAAGGUCACCAAUUUCGAGGAAGGGGGUUUGUGGGUUCACAACGAUCACGGCGACAUGCCUUGCCCUGAUGCAAAUUUUGGGCAGCUGAUGGGAACGAAGGUCGACUUCGAAAACGGAGUUAUCAGGUUCGAUUCGCAUCUGAAGCAUUGCACACUCCCGUGGGUCAAGGGGCGGCUAUGGUACGAAGCCUCUACCACAGCAAUGGGAGAGCUCAAACAGAAGGUGGAAAGAAGCGACUCAGCAGAACCGAUCCGCUUGGCUGUCGCUGAGAGGACUACGCGAAUCGAGGAACAACGCAGGCGCCUCAACGGGGUUCACUUCUCCAGUGACAGCGAGCCAAGCUAUCGCGUGACAGAUCUUGUGUUUCAGCAAGGAACCGACCAACAGCUCAUCUGGCUUCCUUGGGAGAAAUACACCAGCAGGGCACAAGAGAUCGUUUCGAGCAAAUCGGACUUAUCCAUCAGCUUUGACAACAGUGGAAAUCUGCGCUUGAACAAAAAGUUCCAGGAUGCCCAGUGUUCUUUGACCGGUGAAUUGCAGGUGCGUCAAGCUCUCCAGCGCAGAUCCUUGUGCUACGAUCUGGCGCAACUCUGUGCUUAUUCAGUGAUGGAAGCCUACCACGAAGAGAUGUUUUCUCUUCUCUCGCGCCCGCCAGUGCCGGGCCGCAUGUGCAUCACCAUGGGGCAGGUCAAGGAGGCUGACAAGGUCCUUUUCCUCAAAAUUGCAGAAGAAACCAGAGGUGCCCUUAGCGUGCGGCCGGACGGCUCCAAGCCGAUGGAGCUGCAGCUUCUCGCCCUUAAGGCUCAACCCCAAGUGCAAUUCUGUGUGAUUCCUGGAGCCGCGAGCCCUGCCACUCCGUACAGGGUCGAGCCUUACGAAACCUGGAUUCCGGGGGGUAAAGGAUUUAAAGGUAAGAAGGGUAAAACAGGCAAAGGCAAGGAUGGCAAGGGCAAGACCCGCGGCAAGCAGAAUCAGGGUUCGGAAGUGCCGCAGCCUCCUCCUGCCUAUGUCAUAUGUGCUGCCCGAUGGCUGUUCCAGCAAAGAUCCCGAAGGUGUUCCGAUUUUUGUUUCCCGUACAACAAGGAUGGUUGCAAAUUUGCUAAGGACAAGCGUUGCCGCCGUGGCAAACACAUCUGCUGGAAGUGCUUCAAGCCUCACUCUUACACCGCUUGCACCAAGGGCGGCGCCUGA